AUGAUUCAUUGUCUCAUAUUUCUUUCUUUUUAUUUCCAUUUUCAACCCUCUCCCUUUAUUUCUUCUUCCCUCUAUUCCUAUUCCUCUUUAUACUCGUUCUCACGUCUUUAUCAUUGGGCUUUUUUUUUCUUUUCUUCUUCAUUGUUCUUAACCGCUUUAUUGUUCUUUAUAACGCUCUUCCAGCCUUCUUCUUUUACAUCCUUUACCUCUUUAUCUUUCUUUUCUCUUUCAUGUAUCUAUUGUUAUUUCCUUUCUUUCUCUUUCCAGCUUUUACUUUUUUUUUUCCGUGGUCCUUUCGUCUUUUUUCAUUCCAUUCUGCUUAAGUUGUGUUUUUGUUUUCUUUUUCAUCACAUUCUCGUUGAUCUUUGUUCUAUUUCGAAAUUUUUCUCUUUCUUUCCUUUUUAUCUAUUCAUUCCUUCGUCGUUUAACCUCACUUUUUUUUCAUCUCUACUUUUUUCACGUUAUUCUCUUCUAUUUCUUUUUCCUUCUUUCUUUUUCUUCCUUCUCUCUUUCUUUUUCUUCUUCAUUUAUUACUAUUCUUUAUUCUCUCUUCUUUCCUUUAUUUUUGUUUUUCAUUCGUCCCUUUCAGCGAUCUUUUUUUCUUCCUUCUCUUUAUCAGCCUUUCUUAUUCUUUUUGUUUCUUCUUCUUUCUUUAAUUCCUUACUUUUUUUUUUCGUCAUCUAUUUUCUUCUUUCUUUUUUCUUCUGCUUUCUUUCUUUUUAUUCUUUUAUUAGUACUAUUCUUUAUUCUCUUUUCUUUCCUUUAUUCUUGUUUUUCAGUCGUCCCUUUUCUACACACUUUCAGUCAUCUUUUUCUCGUCUUUCUUUUUAUCAGCCUUUCUUCUCUUUGUGUCUUCUUUCUUUAAUUCCUUACUUUUUUUCUUUCUUUCUUCAUCCAUUUUCUUCUUCCUUCUUUUUUCUUCUUCUUUCUUUCCAUUCUUAUCCUCCUCCUACUACUACUUCUUUUCCUCUAUUUCUUGACAUCUCUUUCUUUUUUAUCUAUUCAUUUCAUCACGUCUGUCUUCUCUUCUUUUUUACCAUCUCCACUUCUUUCUCUUCCACUCUUGUUUUUUUUUUUCAUUUUCCUCCUCCCUCUCUGUCUUAUUCUCUCCAGAAUUCUUUUCUCUCCCCCUUUCCACUCCCUCCUCUCUUUUCUUUCUAUAGCGUCUACUUCUUUUUCGUAAUCUCCUCCGCACAAUUUCUUUCUUUCUUUCUUUCUUUCUUUCUUUCUUUCUUUCUUUCUUCUUCUCCUGUGUUAUUUUUAAAAACUUUUAAUGUAGCUCUUGUUUUUCUCUUUUCCUCCUCCUCAUUGUCUUAUUCUCUCCAGAAUUCUUUUCUCUUCCCCUUUUCAAUCCCUCCUCUCUUUUCUUUCUAUAGCGUCUACUUCUUUUUCGUAAUCUCCUCCGCACAAUUUCUUUCUUUCUUUCUUUCUUUCUUUCUUUCUUUCUUUCUUUCUUUUUUUCUUUCUUCUUCUCCUGUGUUAUUUUUUAAAACUUUUAAUGUAGCUCUUGUUUUUCUCUUUUUCUCCUCCUCGUUGUCUUAUUCUCUCCAGAAUUCUUUUCUCUCCCCCUUUCCACUCCCUUCUCUCUCUCUCUCCCUCCCUCUCUCUCUCUCCCUUCCUCUUUCUCCUCCCUUCUCUCUCCCUCUCUUUAAUAUCUAUAGUGUCUAUUUUCUUUUCGUAAUUUCCCCCACGUUCUCUUUUUCUACCUGUUGCGCUUUCUCUUCUUUUUUAACCGCACAAUUUUCUUUCUUUCUUUCUUUCUUUCUUUCUUUCUUUCUUUCUUUCUUUCUUCUGUGUUUUUUCUUUACCCUUUUGGUGUAG